CACAUCAGGCACCUUAUCCUCCACACAAACAUGGAGAGAAGAUUUGGAGAGAGAGAGAGAGUGAGGAAUUUGAGGGUCCAGUUCAAUCCAAAAUGUUUGGCAGAAUGGGUUGUCAGAGAUGACUGCUUCUAGCGCCUCCGCUUCCGCCGUGACCACAACCAGCUUGACCGGCGUGCAUCUCGGCCGUAGAAGGAGAAGCAGAGUCACCUGCCGCUUCAACCGUUUCGAUUCCCCCUUCUUUCAUCGCCGCCAAUUUUCAUUACGAGUUACUAAUGAUUCUAAGAGAACCGAAUUGUCUCCGGAUCCCACCACUGAAAGAUCAGAAGCUGAUAAGAUUGUUGAUGGUAUGAACUUUGGUGAGCUUUGCAAUGAAUUUGAGUGCAAUAGCAGCCCCUCUGUGGAAGCUACAGCAAGACAACUUGUUCGUGAUAUCUUAGAGCUUCGGGAAGGCAAUCGUGCCCUUGGAACCUAUGCAGUUUCUGUCAAGUACAAGGAUCCAGUUAGAAGUUUUACUGGUCGUGAGAAAUAUAAGAGACCACUGUGGAUAACUGAUGCUCUGGAUAAACCCACUGUGAGUGUGCAGGAAAUGACGAUGUUGUCAACCAGUGUGCUAAGUAUUAAGUGGACAAUUAAAGGGAAGCCUAAAUCUUUUCUUGCUGGUAUGGGAGGAGACGUGAUCAUUAAAGUGACUUCUCAGUUUACUCUGAACCAGAUUAGUGGCCAGGUGACUGUGCAUGAAGAAUUUUGGGAUUUAUCAGCAUCGUCAGCCAUUGCUCAGACUUAUUUCUGGACAUCACGGCGUCUUUUUGCUACGAUUGAGGCUGGGAAAGAUGUAGCUGACUUUGUCAAGAACAUUACAAGCCGAUUUACAACACAAAAAGAGAACUUAGAGAUUUAUCCAGACCCUUCUGGUGAUCCAACGAAGUUCUUUGAAAGGGAUGACAGUUUCCAAAGAGAUGCAUACCAAAUUGCACUAUUUUUGGCAGUUGUGUAUUUUGUUGUACAGUUUUUGAGGACGACGCUGUAACGCAACGACUACUACCUACUGUGCAUUCUGCAUCUGUAUUAAUUAUAAUUAUUGGUAUUUUAUGACAAUAAUAGGUCAUCAUCAGCCAAUAAUGACAGUAUUAAAUUUUUAUGUAAAGACCUUUUGUAUAUGUAUAUGAUUUAUGCUAUAUUUCAUGUUUUACUUUGAGUA